UUGGCACAUAUUUCAUCAUCAUUCAUCUAACAAAUCUUCAUUCCUAAAAUAACUCAUACAUAAUGGAUGUUGCUUCCAUGGAGGUUGAGAUCACUUCUUCCCUUUCAGCUUCUAAACUUUUCAAGAUGCUUUCUGACUUUGACACCAUUGCACCUAAAGUAAUUCCUCAAACAUACAAAUCCAUCGCCCUUAUGCAAGGUGAUGGUGGCGUUGGAAGCAUCAAGAGCGUUACUUUCGGUAAUGGUACAACAUGGAAACAGAAGAUAGAUGCUAUUGACACAAGCAACCUUUUAGUUAGCUACACCUUGUUUGAUGGUGAUGCAUCGAGUGAUAUAAUGGACACAGCAACCCAUCAUAUUAAGUGUAUAUCUUCAGCUAAUGGAGGAUCUGUAUAUAAACAUACGUGCUUGAUUAAGUGUAAAGGUGAUGCUAAGAUAACUGACGAUUUUAUUAAUCUUAGCAAAGAAUCCAUGACGGACACUUUCAAGGCGCUGGAGUCAUAUGCUAUUGAUCAUCCUGAAAUUUACUAGAUUUUCUAUCUAAAUAAUGGGAAUGUGUUUGACUAUAUCAUCAUUCUACUAUGUUAUCGUUUGAUGUAAUAAUAAACAAUGAUAUAUUAUAUGUUUGAUCCAUGUUCGCAUCUUA